UCUCAAAUCUGACAUCCAGAGUAGCGCUGAAACGGACGGACGGCUCUUCCCCCUCCUUCUCACGCAAACGCCCGGAUGAGAGCAGUAGCAGCAGGCGACAUUCAGGGCACCAUGGUCGCAUGAUUUGGCCGAGUCGAGAGGGUAAUCAACCCUGGUUGGACUGGAGCGACAGAACCGUCAGCCACUGCUGGAAUCUUGACAUUUUCGACGCAGCCCACGUAGACGCUGUUCUGAGAAAAUACACGCAGAAGACAGACAGGCGUGGAGAAGUAGGAGGCGGAUAGAGAACGGUGGCACAUUUCUCCGCUUGCAGUGUCUUAUUUCGUUGGUGAAAGAGCAAGCACACAGGCUACCUCACACUAAGCUAUGGAAUGCUUCCUGCUCCCAGCAUCACUAGUCUCCAAUAUUUGGACUGAGCUCCAAACGCUUAGUUAGCAGCUGUGCUUCUCCCCUUGAACUCUUUCCAAACCAGGGGACGAAGAAAAGGAGUGGACUUACCAAGUCCUCCGCUGAAGACGAAACGCACCUUUUUCCUUUUAGAAUAAUUUACCUGCAUUUUUUUUUUCUGCUUGGAUUUGUGCUCUGAUAAAAUCAUAUCAAGAUGGAUAUGGAACCGUAUUUGUGGAUGGUGAUUGUUGGCUUCAUCAUCGCCUUCAUUUUGGCCUUCUCCGUCGGGGCCAACGAUGUGGCUAACUCAUUCGGCACGGCAGUGGGCUCCGGCGUGGUCACUCUGAAGCAGGCCUGCAUCCUGGCGUCCAUCUUUGAGACGCUGGGCUCGAUGCUGCUUGGGGCCAAAGUGGGAGAGACCAUUCGAAAGGGCAUCAUAGACGUCAGCCUCUAUAACGACACAGUGCCCAUCCUAAUGGCGGGUGAGGUCAGCGCCAUGGUCGGGUCAGCUGUCUGGCAGCUCAUCGCCUCCUUCCUCAAACUGCCCAUCUCCGGGACUCACUGCAUCGUUGGAGCGACCAUCGGCUUCUCCAUGGUGGCCAUCGGCACAAAGGGUGUGCAGUGGAUGAAGCUGGUCCAAAUCGUGGCUUCUUGGUUCAUCUCACCUUUGCUCUCUGGACUCAUGUCUGGACUCCUCUUCAUGCUCAUCAGGCACUUCAUCCUCAAUAAGGAUGAUUCUGUCCCAAACGGUCUGCGUGCGCUGCCUGUCUUCUAUGCCUCCACUAUCGGGAUUAACACUUUUUCUAUCAUGUACACUGGAGCCCCAGUGCUUGGAUUAGAGAUGCUACCAGUUUGGGCCAUCUUCCUCAUCACAUUAGCCGGGUCGCUGGUCUGUGCAGCUUUGGUCUGGAUAUUCGUCUGUCCUUGGAUGAGAAGAAAAAUAGCAAGUCGCCUAAAGAAGGAGCAGGCUCUGUCCAGGAUAUCUGAUGAAAGUCUGGACAAAAUCCCUGAAGAAGAAGAAGAGAGCCCCGUCUUCAAGGAGCUGCCUGGGGCAAAAGGCACAGACGAGGCCGUGGUGCCGCUCACAGGGGGCAGCAGUGACAGGAGCACUCGGGACUCCAGCGGAGAGCUCUCCAACAUGGCCAAUGGAGGCACCGUCCUGCCCAACGGCAGGGUGUACGGUCGAACCCACUCCAUGACCAACGGCUGCCUCAAGUCGCCCAUAGCUAACGGCAGCUUCACCUUCGACGGCCACAUGCGUAGCGACGGCCAGGUUUACCACACGGUCCACAAGGACUCCGGCCUCUACAAAGACUUGCUCCACAAAAUCCACCUGGGCCGCAUGGACGAUGGCGACCGGUCCGGCACGCAACAGCCUGACAACAAUUACCGUCUGCUUCGCCGCAACAACAGCUACACCUGCUACACAGCUGCGAUAUGCGGCAUGCCCGUCCAGCCUGUCAGGCGCUCCGAGUCCCGCGACGACAGCGAGAAGCUGGUGGGAGAGGGCGGCGGCGGCGGCAGGAGCAACAGCGUGUCCUACUCCAAAAAGCGGAUACGUUACGACAGCUACUCGUCGUACUGCAACGCCGUGGCCGAGGCUGAGAUCGAAGCAGAGGAGGGGGGAGUGGAGCUGAAGCUGGCCACGGAGCUGGAGGGGGUGGGGGAAGAAGGAGCUCCAGCGCCGGUGCCUCUUGAUGACUUGGUAGAGGAAGAGCAUGAGGAGAAGGACAAGUCCGAGGUGUUUCUGCUUUUCCACUUCCUGCAGAUCCUGACCGCCUGCUUUGGCUCUUUCGCCCAUGGAGGCAAUGAUGUCAGUAAUGCCAUCGGGCCCCUGGUGGCGCUGUGGAUGAUUUAUGAACAGGGCGGCGUCUUGCAGAACGCUACCACUCCGAUCUGGCUGCUGUUUUACGGCGGUGUGGGCAUCUGUGCCGGCCUGUGGGUGUGGGGACGGCGCGUCAUCCAGACAAUGGGGAAGGACCUGACUCCCAUCACCCCUUCAAGCGGAUUUUGCAUUGAAGUAAUGAGUGCGCUAACAGUGCUUGUUGCAUCAAAUGUGGGCAUCCCAAUAAGCUCCACCCACUGCAAGGUGGGCUCGGUCGUAGCCGUGGGCUGGAUCCGCUCCCAGAAAGCCGUGGACUGGCGCCUCUUCAGGAACAUCUUCCUGGCCUGGUUCGUCACGGUGCCGGUGGCUGGCCUGUUCAGCGCCGCCGUCAUGGCCCUGUUCGUCUACGGCAUCCUGCCCUUCGUCUGAGGGGGGACGUGGCCGGGAGGGCGAGCGGUGGAGAAUGGAAGAGGGGAGUCAGAGAAGGGGUAACGUGGAAGGAAAUCGUAGCGUGGGUGUCGUUGAGGGAAGGCGAGCAGGAACUGGAGUGAGGAGAAGAGUUUGAGGAAGCUGCAGAGGUUUACAAAUGGACUUUGGUUGUACUGUGAGGUGAUGUGAGGAGGGUUGGUUCCCGCGCUGCCUGGCUCUGUUGUCCGGAAAUCCUCUCAACUCAUUUGAGUUUCAAUCAGUUCAUAUUUAUUCUCUUUUUGGGGGGAUAUGCAUCAUUCUGUCUGCUGUAAAUACAAAAAUAGGAAAUUUACCUUUUAAUUAAAAAAAAAAAAGAAAUUAAGAAUUACAACAACAAAAAAGUAACCAUACCAGUGAGCACACAUCUGAUAUCCGAACAAGGAAAAAAAAAAGUGUACAUAUUGUCGUUCUGACUGAGUGUGAUCUGUUGUAUUACGGCUUGCUUUGGCACAAAAAAAUAAGAAAAGACAUGCGUGUGGUUAACCAACCCAUCCAUCAUGUCAGAUUUUAAACACACCAGCUAGGUACAACCGGGGCCAAAAGGAAAGGACGCCUCAGAAAAAGAGAGUCGUGCAACAUUUUAUUUUCCAUGAUACCAUAGAAACCUAAUUUACUAAAGAAUUUGAUUUUAAUUUUUGUGGAGAGCUCCUGUAUGUUUUUAGAGAUAAGUCUGAUAUUUUUUAAUGAUGUAUUAUAAUGUAAUUUGUAUUGUAAAUACUGUCCUUUAUGGCGUUUGGCAGUGGGAUCCUGGUUUGUUUUUAUUGUUGUAGAGAGGGGGCGGGGGGAGGGGCUCUUCAUCUUAUCGUCGUCAUACAAAGUAUGAUUCAUGCCUGAGGUUCAGAGUAGGGAAAAAUAAAAAAGUGUGGUUUGGUUGGACACGGCUCAAUUUGAGGAAAUGAACCAGAAAGGUUGGGUGGGGAAAGACAGGUCACUCUCCUCAGUCGAUCCAUGCCAAAGUCAACAUUUCAGCAUGCCAAUUUAGAGUCGAAAGAUGCCAAAACACUAAAACUGAGCUGAGGCGUGCGAGCGCAAACUGACGAGGUCCCAUAACAUAUCUUUAUCCUUAUGCCUUUAUUUUCAUACAUACAGCUGAGUCACUGUCAUAUCGAACCCUACUUUCACAUGAUAAAUGGCAUCAUGUCAAACACUAAAACAUGUAAAGGACGAGGACUCCAGCAAAAAGCAGCAUAGCUCCUCAAAUGUGUUCGGAGUGCAGAGGCGUCUUCUGCCUGCCGGUGCUAAAGGUUCAGCUUGAUUCCAUACAGUCAGAGUGAAGGCUCACCUAAAGCCUGGUGCAGGAUUUCAGGCUGCUCAUAACGCUAAAUAUCAUAAGACAUCUGUCUUGAAGAGAUGGUCAGGGACUACAAGAAGUGAGGCUUUGUUAGAAGUUUGUAAGCAGUUGAUUUCUAACCUGCAGAAGGAAACUGAUUUUUAAAAAAUGUUAUGAUAUUGCCUCUGAAGCCAGAAUUCAUAAUCAGGCUCCAGCUGCAACUCAGAAAAAAAACUAAACUGUUUGGUAGUGGUAUCUAUGGUAACUGUUGGCAAUAAAAAAUGAUCACAGGAAAAUUCAACUCUGAAGGAACAGUUUUACAAAUAGUGAUUGUGGAGCAGUGUGUCCCAUUGAUUUGUGUUUAUACCUCCACCAAUCACGUUCAGUAAGCCUGGCGGCCAUUUUGGAUGUUGAACCUAGGGCUGUUGGAUACCUCCAAACGUUCAAAGUCUUGAUUUCAGGUUUGAUUUCAAUUGGCAUUCUUUGAUGUUGGAAACUUUGACUUAAAUGUACGACUGUGAUCUUAAUUUUAUGUAAAUCGCAAUUAACUGGGAUUAGAGGCUACCGCUAAUUGCUAAUAUGAGCAGAGUCAGUUCAAAAACACACUUCUGAAGUCUUAGCAACCCAACUCUUAAAAAUAUCCCAGCAUUUUAUGUGUAAAUUAUUUCUAAGGCAAAGAAAGGGUCGUCUUAGGUAGUUUUGUAAACUAGCCAUUUUGAAACUUAACCAUUACAAAUUAAUUUAUUUUUCCUAAGAGGUUUUAAUUCCUAAUGUUCAUAGAAACAUUGAAAUCUUAAUUUCAGUGGAUAUUUAACACCAGAUAAUCCCAUUGGCUCUGCUUCCACUCCCUGGUUGGGCAAAUUUACUCUUGUGAAAUAUGACAGGUUAUGAGUUACAAUCAAACUGAGUCAUGUCAGAGAUAUGGUUCCUUUUUUAAGUGGUCUCUUAAAUUGAUACAAUCUGAUAUUUUAAGCAUCUUCCUCCUGCUAUAAGUAAGAAGAAACUUUGAAUUUACUUCCCUCAGUAACGACUUCUAAAUCUGCCCUCCAAAAUAAUUUCUUGGUGAAUCUCCACUAGCAUUACCAUAAUAGCAUUAGCCAAAAUCACAUUUAAGAUUUUAAGAUGAUAGGCUUAAAAUCUGGCAUCACUCAUAUGAGCAGUUAGCUUUGGCCUCUGGAUGAACGUGUUUGCGUUUAACCUAAAUGGAGACGCCAUGUUUUUUACUGCAGGAAAGAUUUUAGCUUUCCAUUAUCCGUUUACAGAACCUGACUUCUAAAAUCCUGAACCAUCCCUUUGAUCUCAUUUUGUCUGAAAGUGAUUUAGAAAAAAAAACAAAAAAACUGAUCAUCACCAGCUUUUAAAAAAAGGUUACCUAGGUGACCUGCGGAUGAACAAAGUCUAAAGUUAUUUUUGUUUGAACAAACUCUAUGCCAGCUGUUGGAUGUUUUUGUUGUUUUUGUGGUGUUUCCUGUUUUGUUUUUUUUUAUUUUCUUCAUGAACAAAUCUAUGCUUAAGUAGCCACAUGCCUUGUAACGUGUUUUACUUUGUGCAGAAACGGUAAAAUAAUUCAGUACUGUGGUGUUUACAUUGUAACCAUAUUGUAGAGUAUCUGUUUAAAAAAAAAACUGUUGCCUAAUGAUGCCAAUGAAAGACAAACUAUUAACCAUGAAUUUUUAAGUGCAAGUAAAACGGAAUAUAACCAGAAGUGUCUAGAGAGAAAGAGAGCGUUGAGAGGAAGUGUGUUUGAUUUUUUUUUUUUUCCUCAGCGGUUUUUGUAGUAGUGCUGAUCAUGAUCCCUGUCACUUUACACUGCUACUGCAACGUGUUAACACUACAUGUGUGGGUGCAAUUCAGUGAUGAAAAGAAUAACUAGAGAAAUCUCAUCAAAACUAUAUAUUUUUCUACCAUAUCUGAGUUUUAACCUGGGUGAGCUUCCGCGCACUUUUAGAGGGAGACGCCGUGGGCUUGAGGUGGGGAGAAACUGCGGAAAAUAUUCCCGUCCACGUCUUGUUUUGGCACUCGUGCCCACUCCCACCGGGCCCAGUGUCCUCCAGCAUGUAGAUUGACGUGUCGAUCGCGAGUAGAUCAGAUUUUGAAAUGACCGUUUUUAUUUUUGAACUAUAGAUGAAAACACUUUGUAAUUUUGUUUCCCUACUGCAUUGACUUUGGCCGUGAGCUGCCAGAGGAGGACAGAUCUACUAUGACAUCAUGUCUGAAAUGCAAAAAAAAAAAAAAGUUUCCCCUUCAGGGUUUGCUCCCUGGUUUCUGAGCAGCUGACCUCCCUUGCAGCUCAUGACCUUUUUACUCUGUCACAGAUCGUGCUGCACAGAGGUCUGCACGGAGCCGGCAUGUUCACUUCCUCAUGAUUUCUAAUUUCUGCUGUGUGUUGUGAGGAAGAAGUGCACCUUUUGAAGAAGCUCUGCUUUUGUCCGAAGCAGUCAGUGUAACUUGUCAUGUGGAAAAACAUAAAAGUACAAAGCAGAAAAAUUUCCCAGUAUAAUUAAUCUGAAUUUUCUUUAAAAAGAAAAAAAACCUGCUUGCUCAUAUUUUUUGCAUCUACUGAAUGCAUCUCGUAUAAGACUUGCUGGCACACAAUGUACGGCAGGCAGUUUAACUUAGAAUGCAUGGCUUUCAAUUUGGGAAAAGAGCAACACACGCUGCUCUCCACACAGAUAGGCCUUCACUGAGAUUUGACCUCGCGACCUUUCAGCAGGGAGAGACUGUAAUCAGCACACAGAGCAGAAUCUCAUUUUACAGAGAUGGAAUUAAAAUCUCACUUCGGCAUUAACCCUUGCAUCCAUUUCAGCUGCUUCCAUAGCGCCCUCUACAGGUGCUAGACAUAUUUAAAUAUUUUUUUUUUACUGCAGUAGCAUAUAUCUAAACUGAAAGCUUCUGUAACAAAUAGUGAAAUUAUUUCCCCAUAUAUUUUUUCUGAGUGUGGAGGGCACUUCGGAGAUGAAUGGUGUUUUGCUUUUUAACAGCAGGAGGCUGAUAUUCUAGCUCCUCAUCUUGUGGCGUUUCAAGUGAACAUCAACACGCUGUGCAAGCCUCUUGUGCAACUCGCUUUCUCUUGGUUUCUUUGUUCUCCAUGCAUUCAUCGCCCUCAUAGGCCAAAAGGGGGCACAUUGCUCAGUUCUAGGGGAGGAAAAGUUGAACUAUUAAAUAAAUUUAAAAAAAACAUUGCAUAUUGUUUUUGAAACUUUGUUAAUAAAUUGAUUUAUCUGACAUCAGGUCCAAAACUUUCUGUGUUCAAAAACAUUGCAAAGUAACCUCAAGACAGAAACAACUUGAAAUCUUGUAAAUGAAAAAUGUUUUUUAGUUUGUUUUUUUUCUAGUUCAGUCCAGUAAAUUCAGCCGAUAGAUGGCGUAGUUUGCCACUUUCCUCACCAUAAAGAGGGGCAUCAUUUUGGCAACUGGCUAAAUUGUCAUUUAGGGAGUAAGUGUGCUUCUGUUGUAUUAUAAUAAUUUCAUAAACAGAAUCUACACAGAAUGUGCCAUUUUCUUCUCGCUCCCUGAAUGUACAUCACAAGCUGUUAAAGGUGCAACUCGUCACAGGACUGGGGUAAUAGCGCCCUCUCCUGGUUGCAUAGAACCAUCUCUCAUUACAGAUAAAAGAGAGGUUAAAAAAAAUCAGACCUUCAUCUGAACAUGGCGUGCCAUCGUCUGUUUCUCUGGUCGUUUUUGUAAUAAAACGUGCUCCUUGGCCGGCCUGCAGGCUUUGCAGUUCUGUGUCGUCUUCUUACUGUUUACUGCUUCUCAACUGUCCAGUCCUUUUAAAAGGUAAAUAGAAGAAAAAAGAAAAAAAAUGCAAAGAAAUUCAGGAUAAACUGUAGCUUGCUUCAACAACGACAA